AUGUCAAAACAAGAACAAAAUUUCCCACCGAUAACGCCUCACGGUUCUCUCAUUCUUGCCUGGCAAAUUAAGGACAAAAAAGUUCUCGUGGUCGGAGGAGGAUUUAUUGCUGCAGGACGUGUUCUUCAUGCACUAGAUGCAGAUGCCUUGGUAACAGUCGUCUGUCCUGAAAAAGGAUUAAACGACGAAGUUCGUUGGCGUGUACAAAAUAAAGAGGUCGUGUGGAAAGACAAAACUUUCACAGACGAUGAUUUGGAAGAGGACACAGCUAUGAAGCAAACGUAUUCCCGUAAUGUUGCCGAUGUGCGUCAAGAAUGCGACUUUUACUUCGGCUCAGAGGUUCGAGAUGGUCCUUUGCAAAUCAUGGUAAGCACAAAUGGAAACGGACCAAAGCUGGCAAACCUGAUUAAGCAGCGAAUUAAAGCGUCAAUUCCAGACAAUUGCGGAUUAGCACUCCAGAAAGUAGGUCAAUUACGUAGCCUGUUGCGUUCAAAGUUUCCCGAUCCCAACUUGUCAAAAAAACGCAUGCGUUGGAUGAAAUGUGUCAGCGAACACUGGUCAUUUGACGAAAUCGCAUCCUUGGAUGAAGACAUGAUGCAAGAACUCGUUGAAAACUUUCCCAACUUUGUCCCCACCUUUUCGAUUCUAACUCAUGCCGAAGACAAGCAGCAACCGAUGCUUCAAAAUAUCAUUUGGUAUGGCACCCUCGUGGCCGGCGUGCUUUUCGCUGCAAGCCGAUUCUUAACACCAAGAUCCAACUAG